AUGGCUGAUCUUCCCGUUCUCAUCGUCGGUGCAGGCAUCAGUGGCCUCCUUCUGGCCCAGCACCUCCAGAAAAUCGGUGUCCCUUACAAGAUCUUCGAGCGCGAUGCCGCUAUUGAUGCACGAAGCGGGGGUUGGGGGUUGACGCUCCAUUGGGCACUCCCUGCACUGCGGGAACUCCUCCCGGAAGACCUUGUGCAACGCCUCCCAGAGGCAUAUGUUAACAAGGCGGCCGCUGCCCGCGGUGACACCGGUCGCUUUUCGUUCUUCGAUCUCAAAACAGGAUCAGCGUUGUACAGUGUCCCCGCUGCAGAGCGAAUUCGGGUCAGUCGCGUUCGACUGAGGCAGCUGGUGGCCACGGGGCUUGAUGUUCAGUGGAACAAAACCCUCCAGAACAUUGAGUCCUCCGCCGACACCGUCACCGCGCAUUUCGCAGACGGCACCUCCUACACAGGAUGCCUCUUGAUCGGCUGCGAUGGAUCGCGAUCCCCCACCCGCGAGAUCUUGUACCCGGACAGCCAUGAGAUGAAUCCACUACCGGUGCAGAUCCUCGGCGCAGCUACUCUAUAUACAGCAGAUGAGAUGGCCGGCGCCGCAGAUAUUGAUCCGUUCAUUUUUCAGGGCUCGCAUCCUGAAUCCAACGUCUUCCUGUUCUUCAGCAUCCUCGACAACCCCAACAACUUCGCAGAAAGCAGCAAGGACAAAUAUGAAUGCCAGAUCAUAAUAUCAUGGGCAGAUUCCAAAGACAUCGCAGUCCCCAGCGACAACAGGGAGCGAAUCGCGCUGAUGAAAUCUUUGGCCUCGAACUGGGCGGAGCCAUUCAGGACCCUGGUCUACGGGUUACCCGAGGACACAGAGGCACGGUCAAUCCGCAUCGCGGACUGGAUGUUCCGACCGCUGCAGAAUCGCUCACAUCCCAGGGUUGUGCUGAUGGGUGAUUCGGCGCAUACGAUGACUAUGUACCGCGGAGAAGGGGCCAAUAAUGCCAUCGUUGAUGUACUGGACUUGACUAGACGUGUGGAUAUGCGUUCUCUAGCAUCCAUGUCGACACAAGCACUGCGAGAUGCAUUGGACGUCUACGAGAAUGACGUCUUCAGGCGCGCAGAGCCCAGCGUGCUCAACUCGCGUCAGGCCUGUGUCGACGCUCAUGACUUCACGCGGAUCCUGGACGAGAGUCCACUGGUAUCAGCCCGGGUGCUGAAGGAGGAUGCCACGGAGCAGAAAUCCUAG